CUCACGCAUAUAUUUAGAUUAGCUGAAGCCAUUUAUUUUUGUUUCGCUUAUUCCCUCUUCUUAAACUCAUGAGUCUAGUUUUUCAAAGUCUAGCUCAUCGAUCGGCUUCGAAUAGAUUGUUAUUGUUCCGAGCGAGCCAACUUGUCAAGCAACGUUGUUCAAAUUACCCCACUACAGCAUCUAAACCGAAUUGUCUCAAGAACGCAUCAUUUGUCAGAGGCGUCAUGACUUCAACCAACACCGACGGCAUGAACAUCAAGUUUGGCCCCUUCGAGGUCACCAAGCAAGUCUUCCUCACCACGCCCCAUUCCUACGGCCUCGUCAACCUCAAGCCCCUCCUCCCAGGCCACAUCCUCAUCUGCCCGCUCAAGCCGCACCGCCGCCUGCUGGACCUCUCCCCCGCCGAGACAACAGACCUCUUCACCACCGUGCAGCUCGUGCAGAAGGUCCUCGCGAAGCUCUACUUCCCGGAUCCUACGGACCUCUCAUCCGGAAGCUUCACCGUCGCGCUUCAAGACGGCGCCGACGCGGGACAGACGAUCCCGCACGUGCACGUCCACAUUAUUCCCCGCAGAAAGGGCGACAUGGGCGAGACGGCUGAUGAGAUUUACGUUAAGCUGUCUGGCGAGGAGGCGAAUGUGGGAGGCGCCCUGUGGGAUCGCGAGCAUGGGAGGCCGCAGCCGGCGGGGAGGAUGCCGAGCAUUGAGGACGCAGAGCGCAAUCUGCAGACGAUGGAGCAGAUGAUUGAGGAGGCGGACAAGUAUAAGUCUGUGCUGGGAGAGAUGGGCGUCGGCAGCGCCAAGGCAGGUGAGCGACUGUGAGAGCAGCGAGGAAAUGUCGGACAAGGAGGGUUUGUGGAACCCAGGUGCUGCUUCUUCGUAUGCAGUGUAACGUCUGCAGAGGUGAUGAAGUUGUAGUAUUGAUAUAGGUGGCUUGUUUAUCGAAGCUUAUAGAGAGACAUGUUUGUGAAUAUGGAUCAGCUGCGUCUAUUUCAGAUGUAAGAGCAUAAUAGUCUGCAGAAUCGUGCUACCACAACAUCAGUUUAUCAGUAAAAGGCAGAAUCGGGGUUAAUUGUCAUCUUCCUCGGUAUUGGCUGUGGACUCUCAUGACUUGCUCGCCCGGAGCUGCACAUUCCCUUUUGAACAGUAGGAUUCGUAUCAGUUAUUACAG